AUGGGCGGCAAAGUAGAUAUGUACAUUGAUAUCGCAUCGCUGUACAGCUACAUCGCGUUCUACUACAUCAUCAAGAACCAGGGUGCUCUCGCCGCACAUGGUGUCAAGCUAGACCUCCAUCCCGUGCUUCUCGGCGGCAUCAACGCGGCAUCCGGAAACAAGCCGCCAUGGACACUCCCCGCAAAGGCCAAGUAUGGCACUCAUGACGCCCGGCGCUCCUCCAUCCGCGUCGGCAAACCCGACAUCACCACGCCCCCAGACUUCAUGGACCGCAGCAUGACGAUCCUGCCCCUGCGCGCCCUGCACUUCAUCAAAAAGACCUACCCAGACUCGACCUACCAGACAGCCUGGCACUGGCUCCUGCACUGCUUCUGGGAGCCGCCUAACUUGAACCUCACCAAGCCCGACGUCCUGGUCAAAGCGCUGGCCGACGCGCCGCAGGAGUACCCGCCACCUGCGGGAGCCCAGGCCAAGCUGUUCAGCGAGGCCGAUGUGAAGAAGAUCAUGGAGGGCACCGCGACGCAGGAGAUCAAGGACGCGGUGAAGGCCAAGACGCAGGAGGCGGUUGAAAGGGGCGCGUUCGGCGCGCCGUGGUUCUGGGCCGUUAACGACGAGGGCAAGGAGGAGCCUUUCUUCGGCAGCGACAGGUUCCAUUUCUUGUACGAGUUCUUGGGCGUCCCGUUUCAGGACAUUGCGAUUCUGCCGCCCGGGUCACAGAGGAAGGACACGAAGCUGUAG